AUGGCUUUUGAGGCUGGUACUAAGCUCCCUGUCUCGCUGGCAGGGUUACCUCGAUACAUCGCUGAGCAUCCUGAGGUGCCUAUAGUUGAUAUCUUGGAUCCUUAUCGCAAAUAUGAAGCCUACCUGCGAACGGUAUAUGCUCAAGAUCGCCAAAAUCCCUUACUUGACGAUCCCUACCUUAAUGUUAUCCCUCUGUUCACUGGGGACACUAGAUAUAUCGUUACGCGAGCAAGAAAUCUUAUUACUGAGUCUGAGGAGGAAAAGUCCAAGUACAUAAUGCCUCUGCCAGAUGAUAAACGUCGACCCAACAACUCCCCUGCGAUAGUAACCAACCUGGAGGUGUUUUCUAAAAACUUUAACAUCUUCUCCGAGUUCUCUCUUAUAGGUAUCGACUGGAAUAAUAUUGUUGCAGCCGGUUCUUCCAUUGUUAACACGCUUGUUCCUGUCCCGAAAGAGUAUGAGGGCACCAACCACAAGCUCCGAGAGUACUACCAUGAGAAGUUCUGCCCAGCUUCCGAUGUCGAUCUUUUCUUGUACGAUCUGACACAUGACGAGGCGAUUGAGAAGAUCAAGAGUAUCGAACGCGCUGUAAAAGAUGCCGUGCACUCAGAUGUGACGGUUGUUAGGACUAAGUACGCGCUUACAAUCGCGAGCCAGUAUCCAGUUCGACAUAUCCAGAUUGUCCUACGAAUCUACAAGUCUGUUAGUGAGAUCCUCACUGGAUUUGACAUCGAUGCCGCGGGUGCGGCCUACGAUGGCAAGCAGGUCUACGCUACGCCUCGUGCACUCAGCAGUUUCAUUACACAGGUCAACCACAUUGAUCUCACACGGCGCUCUCCAUCUUAUGAAAACCGUCUCUCGAAGUACUCACACCGUAACUUCGAGGUUUAUUGGCCCGAACUCGACCGAUCCCGGGUUGACGCAGCCAUUUACGAAAGGAGACUCGAGCGCACAUUCGGCCUGGCUAGGCUGCUGAUCAUGGAGAGGCUGCCUACGGGGCCUGCGAGAGAUGAAUACCUUAAUAAGCUUCGCGAGGCACGAGGGAAACAUAAGGUCUCUCGUCAGCGCAAAGGCCUGCGUGGAAACAUCAAAGAGGACUACGACGAUGAAGUAGCAGACUGGCGUUUUGAAGAAGACAUUAGCGACUACCACACAUUCUCCAUGCCGUACGGCCGAAAGUUCGACGCUAAACGCAUUGAAAAAUUGGCAUAUAGCCAGGAUCUGCUCCUUAACGCAGAGUGGAACCAACCUCGAGAUCGAACAGUAUCGCUUCACCGGCAUCCUGUGUUCUUCGGACGUGUUGAGGAUGUUGUCGAAGACUGUUGUGGGUUAUGCCCAGUUCCCCAAACCGAUGAGGAAAAAGAAGUCGCCGAGAAGGAGGCUGAGAUUUAUAUCUCAGGUAAGCUUACUUUUAUAACUGAAGAUCCUGGUAGACAGCAGAUUGGCUCGUUCAACCCUCUUACAGAGCAUGAUUGGACUGAUAUGGCUUAUACUGGUAACUCUGCACGCCUUUUCCAGUCUAUCAUCGAUGGGAACGUAGAUGAUGUUCGUGAUUUACUUUUGCAAGAGGGGCCUGAGCUAAACAAGCGUGACCACACCGGAAGGGCCCCCCUGCAUCUCGCUGUGAUGGCUUCUACACCCGAAGUUGUUGAAGUUCUACUUAAUCAUGGGGCUCGCUUGACUAGCAGGCUAGUGAAUGGCGAAACAGCACUGCAUCUAGCUGCUUCUCGUGGCGACAUAGCCAUCAUAAGGCUUUUGAUGGAGAAGAGUAUCAAGAAUGAGCAGGCUCGACAAGAGAGCGAGGCUGAGGUACAUGAACACGAUUCCAACUUGGAAGAUCGCGAAAGCGAUUCAGAGGAUGAGGCAUCCAUUGGCGACAAUGGAACGGAGUGGUCUUCGGACGAUUCUGAAUCGUCGGCCAGUUCUGAAGACGAUGUAGACUACUUCCAGAUCGAUGUCACGGCCGGGGAUGUACCAUGUGCACCACUGCACUUGGCGAUUGCGAACGGGCACAACAAUGCUGUGAAGCUUCUCUGUGAUUACGGAGCCAACUUAACCCUCCCUCUAGAGAUAGCCGACCAGAAACCCAACAGCACCGUUGAAUCUUUAAGUACCUUUGCUAUCUAUCCCCUUGCUCUUGCGCUUACCCUACCGCGAGAUCGGGUCAAACCUAUGGUCCAACUGCUAUUUAAGCUUGGCGCAACUGCAUCCCAAGCAGACCCCCGAGGCUUGACAGUCUUUCAACGAUUUGCUGAGCAUGCUGAAGCUGACGUGAUGCAUGCUCUUAUCAGUGAGGAUACAGGCGGAGUGAAGAAUUCUAUCAGCCACAUCGUGGUUCAAGGCUGGUCAUCGAACCCACAGACCAUCUUCCCACUUCAUAGCGCUACCGAACGUGGUGAUGUGGCUCUAGUGCUGCAGCUCCUGGCAAACGGUGCCGAACCUCACAUUGAAUUAGCGGCAUGGAUCAAGGCCGCCAAGGCUUCCCUAACAAGGGAUAUACUUGGAAGUCCGGAGUAUAACAAAAAUAUAUACCAGAAGUCAGCUGAGCAGCCGAUUAUAGCGGCGUUGCGGGCUGGCAUCCCUGAGGUUGUGCUUGAGCUACUUAAACGAGGUGCAGAUCCUAAUGUGAUGAGUCACUCUACUGCCGCGUCGAUGAUAAUCGAGUACCGACGUCGAUUCAAUAAAGGCAGGCUAGCUCUCGACAUCGUCCGAGGAAUGCUCUCAAGGCUCGAGACGCUAAGGGAGGUCAAGGCCAAGGUCAAGCCGGAGCCCAAGCUACAGCCCGGCAUGGAUAGUUUCCUCGCCAAGUUCUCAGAAGGCACGUAUCAACACUGGCUGGUUGCCGGGGAUAUUGAGGGCAAGAGAGAAGUACUCGAACAGCGACUGAAGGCUUACCGUGAGUCCAACGCUGAGGACAGGAAGGUGGCUGGUGAAUACGAGGAGGUGAUUAAUGAGCUUGUCGCGAAGCUCCGUGCAGUGGAGGAGGCCCUUCUUUCACAAGGGGCUAGAACGUACGAGGAGCUCUAUCCCGAUAUCAAGACUGGCGACGACAAUCUCUACAAGCGAAACAGCAACGCUGACGAGGAAGAUGUCACAUCUUACAAGCACACCUUCACCUUCAUUGGUGAAGAUGAGAUUGUGGAGAGGGGGCAGGAGGGCUACAUCAAGCUAUUCGAGGCAGCUUGGGCUGGAGACCUUGACUGCAUCAAGGCCCUGUCAACACAGGCAUGGGGGCCUCAGCAAGACCAACCGCCGUUGAUCAUCACCAUGAAAGACAAAGCCCACAACACCCCAUUCUCUCUCGCCUUUUUGCGCGGACACUAUGCGGUCGCGCGCGCCAUCCUCGAGAUCGCAAAGGCUCAGUGGGCUCCAAUGAAAGUGGACCAAGUGCACAGGGACCUUUCGUACUACCUCCAAAGAGAGGAACGCAGAAAGGGACCCAACACGAGCCAAUCUGAGGGUGAUGAUGAUAAUGGUGAUGAUGAUGACGAAUAUAAUGAUCAAUUCUCGGAGCUGGAGCUACAAGUUACGAUGCAGGCGAAGUCCCACAAGACGCCCCUCGGCUACCUUCUAGAGCGCAUCUCGACCUUUAAGUUGCAGAGCACCACCAGCGUCUUAGAUCUCGGUGUCCAUGAUCUGUUUGAGCACUGCAUGGCGCAAGAUGACGCCGCUGGCCUAAAGCUACUCCUUGAAUUUGCUGGUACUUACUUAGGCAAAACCCUGAACAGAGAGGAGUUAAGGGAACGCCUUGUAGCUCUACUCUUGACUGCCUUGAAGUCAUUCCCGUCUGCGAGAACAAAAAAAAAAGUCCUAGCGGCGAUGAGACUCAACAAGCGGAAGUUGAUCUCCAAGAUUUUCAUGGACGAAGAGUAUUAUAACCGCGAGAAUGAGUUCACUUUCCCUAUAGAAGCUUUCAUGACCGCCAUCAGACUCAACAAAACUCAGAUGCUCUCUCUGGUCGUCAAGCAGGCGGGAGUUGGCAUUCCUCUGGACCACCUUCUUAAGGUUUCUGUAGGCGGAGUUCCUACAGGUGGGUACAAUGAAAACGCCGUGCGCAUCUUCGACAUGACUUACCAAGGUCUGACUGUUUACGGUAAGAAGAGGAAGGACUGGGCAGCCGCUGGUAGAGGCAUGGUCGUCCACCCUACUGGUAUUAAGGCGGCUCCUCUUCUUCAUGCUGCACUCUUUGGAGCUCUGGAAUCUGUCGAGUAUUUUCUGAGUGACGCACCAUACCGUCACUAUAGCGAGUUCGGUAAAUCAAUGGUCGCCCGUGAGGAUCCUCGUAUGCAACACUUCGUAGACGACCCUACUGGCUUCGAAAGAGCCAUCUCUACGUGGCUAAGCACAGACAAUGACCUUGUCAUUCACUGCGCGGUGAUGGCAGAACCCAACCAGGAGGCCAAGGAGCUCUUACAGUACCUUGUCAAGGCAUGCCCUAGCAGCCUGGAGAGGCGAGAUUCCGACGGAAACACGCCACUAUUGAAUGCUUGUAUUCUUGGGAGGAGACAGGCGGUCGAGACUCUUAUCGGUGCUAAUGCUGACCAAGCCACGAAGAACUACAAGGGAGAAAACGUGUUGCACGCCCUCCUCCGCUACAAGAGCGACCCUUCUCGCUUAGAGGCUAUUUUGAAGUUGUUUGACCAGGAUCUCCUCAGGAAUCACAUCAGUCAGCAACACCAGAGCCUUCAAGGAAAGGCAAACACUCCACUUCAUUCUUGGAUCUCUAAGAUGGCCAACGAUGGCAGUUCCAACUCACUCUCCGCUUCCGAGCAGAAGGAGAUGCUUACUCUUCUACUCAGGUACACUUCCGGAAAGGAGCUUGAACUACUGAACUGCGAGGGUAACACGCCGCUACAUACUGCUGUUCAGAAGGAAAAUAUAACGAUUACAGGCGUCCUUGUGAGACAUAAGCCAGCCCUUCUCUUCCAGGAGAACGUAGCCGGUCGCACAGUUUUUGAUAUUGCGAAAGCUCAAGUCAAUCGGAGACAGUUCAGGCAACCUUACGCUGACCGCGAGAAUUGGGAGCAGGACUUGUCCGCCGAUUCCCUCCUUGAUAAGCUUCACGAUAAACAGAAGAAGAAGGCAAGGUCUGCCGAAGUGUUUAGUGCUAAGCGCAGGGAUGAGAUUACUGCUGAGUGUGGUCUCAGCCGUGAGUACUGUCCCGACGAACUUUACGAUAUUGUUGGGUCACUUGGGUAUGCUUUGGGUCGUUCUGAACCUAAGUCUGAGAAAUACAACAUGCCUGAGGGAAUGGCUGCGGCUGUAAUUCUGGACCUCUGCACCACUGCGAUCAAGCAAUAUCCCGCCAAACGCCGCCUGGUCAGCGUUAACGAGGCAAAUGAUGUUUUACAGCGGCUUUUGGGUGACCACUUCCUGAGUUGUGGAGAGAAUGAGGAUGGUCAUGGCGAUGAGAAAAAGCAGAGUGAGGUUGAGGGUGAAAAUGGGGCGGGGAAGGACAACGAAGAGGUUGACUUCGUUGUCGAGAGGAUGCGGAACAGUAAUUGCGGGAGGUGGAAAUGCUAA